GCCAUUUUGUCCUGCGGUGGCUGGGUAUUUAGAGCGAGCCGCGAGCGCAGUGGCGGAGCAAGCAGCUGCAGGACGAGGAGGAGGGACGGAGCCGGUAGAGCACCGCUGCCGACGCUAACCAACGAGGCCCACCGUAUUUGCAGCAGCCUCCGCCGCCUGUCAGGACGUUUGAAUACCGCUUGGCGCUAGAGGACUAAGCAGUGGCGCUAGAGGACUUAAGGAGCCGCCAGCCCUUCGCCCGGCUCAGCUUGGCACCGACGUAGCCUCCCUCCUCCAUCCCCCUUUUGCUGCUGCUUCUUAUUUUUUAAAACUCUCCCUCCCCCCGCCGGCUCGGUGCAUCUCAGCAGCCAUGUCGUCCACAGCCACCACCGCUCCUCCCGAAUAUUCCUGCUUCUUCGCCGUCAUGGGUGCCUCGGCUGCCAUGAUCUUCAGCGCGUUGGGAGCUGCCUAUGGCACAGCAAAGAGCGGCACAGGCAUUGCAGCCAUGUCUGUUAUGCGACCAGAGCUGAUAAUGAAGUCAAUCAUUCCUGUUGUCAUGGCGGGUAUUAUAGCAAUCUACGGCUUGGUAGUGGCAGUCCUUAUUGCCAAUUCCAUCAUACCUGCAAUGCCACUGUACAAGAGCUUCCUUCAGCUGGGUGCUGGUCUGAGCGUAGGCCUCAGUGGACUGGCUGCUGGCUUCGCCAUCGGCAUUGUGGGUGACGCAGGCGUACGGGGGACGGCACAACAGCCUAGGUUAUUUGUGGGCAUGAUCCUGAUCUUGAUCUUUGCUGAAGUCUUGGGUCUCUAUGGCCUCAUUGUUGCCCUUAUCCUUUCCACAAAGUAAAAAAAUAUAUCAAAAAAUCAGAGUAUGAUGUGUUUAAGAAAAAAGUUGAAAAAACAAACUAAUCUCCAGAAUGAAAAUGGUCUCUCCACAAUGUGUACAGUUGUCAUCAGUUUGGUAGUUGAUCUCUUGUAAAUGCGCAAUGUAUGUUAGUGACUCGUCUGUCUUGUGUGUACUUCAAUAUUAAACAGGAUGAGCUGCCUCAAGCCCUCUAGGCAAGGCUUGGGGGAAGCUCAUGUGCAAUUUUCCAUCCAUUCUGCCAUUAGAGUACUUUAUGUAUAAAUAUGAACUAGAAAUGGUAACUUUUUUCUCUUCACUGGAUGUUUUAUUUAUAAGACUUGACAUGUUCAUACAUAUGGAGCAAGAGUUUUCAAUUUCCCAUGCUUAUAUAUAUUAAUCUCAUAUAUAGGUAGAUUAAUACACUGUGGGGUUAAUUGUAAGUGCAGAGAAAUCCUUGGAUGUAAUUUGAAUCUCAAAAGAUUGCUGUCGUGUCCUGGUAUUGGAGUGUGAGACUGUUUGUGUUUAUACAAAUAACAGCAAAAUGUCAGGCACUCCUGUGUUCCCAGUAGUAAAAAUAAAAAUAAAAAAAUCUGUAUGCUCCGGCAUCAAAGUUGUGCACCCAGUGUUGGGUUUCGCAGUUAUACGUUUCCAGAUAAUAAAAUUUCCUCCACUACAUCAUUGUAAA